AUGGAUGACUUGAUAAUGGAAUAUGAUCUAUGUGAUUAUAGUGUGAUUGAUGCUUCCACAGGAGUGCAACAACUCAGUCUAAAAUCUGCAGAAACGAAAAUGGUCGAACUUGCUCUAUCUCAGAGUCCAUUAUCUUCACCAGGUGUGGGAGACAGUCCAAUUUCGGACACCGAAUCACCCGACAGUUUCGCUGUCAUUAGUCAUAGCAAUUCCCUCAAUUCAGAAUACAUAUUGAGUUGUCGAAAGCAGCAAAAUUCCAAUAUACAGAAUCUUAGAAAUAUCGAGAUUUUCGCUCAACCUCAAUCAACUCAACGGCCAUGUUAUGCAUCAGAUUUUAGUGAUAAACCUCCACGUUAUAUCCGUGGAGUACGCAAAGAACUCAACGGAAAGACCUACAAGCAUCCAGCUGUCAGAAUCCCCGACACUUAUUUCAAUUCCAAUCGAAUCUUCUACAUUCGUGUUACAUUAACAACAGUUGAACUGGAAGACGGACGGCGUUAUAUUCAUCCUAAUUCUUUAGAAAUAGUGAAUAGAGGAAGUCGAUCAGAGGUUCUGUCCUACUCGAAAGGCAUCCUAUAUCGAAUUACUGGAAACGAUGUAGACUCAAAUGAAAUUAUGAUAUUUGAUAAUCUUGUCGCAAUCAAAUGCAAACAAAGGCAGCUGGAAGACUACGGAGAUUUAAUUUCAUUUCAAACAGGUAAGAGGUGCCCAAAUACAGCGGCGAAAACUCCUAAGCAAAUGAUAGCUGAUUAUCAGCUGCAGAAGUCACAAUUAGCCUUCAGUGUGUUCGAACGCGUGGGUCAAGGCCAAUGGCAACAUAUAGAAACAAUAUUCUCAGACGUUAUGCAAGAAGAGAAAGAAGGUCAAAACAUGCGAACAAUUAGUGCUAAAUCGGUAUUUUAUGAUAAAUUCCGCAGUACAAAUAAGACAAGCGAUGUGAAUCAGUGGGAAUUUGUGCAAGGCACAGGAGAGAAUGGUUGGGGCACUGGUCAGAAACAGUACUAUACAGUAAAUGUGGACAAAAAUGCACGAUGCGAAAAUGGACGUGUAAUUAUAGAAGCACGAAAAGAGAACUACAAAGGAUGUGAAUAUACGUCUGCUCGAUUGAGAAGCAAACAAUCAUUUCGAUACGGUCGGUUUGAGAUCCGUGCUAAGUUACCUUCGAUAAAAGGAACAUGGUCUUCUUUUGUUCUCCGUCCUGCUGUACACACCUAUGGCCAUGCAAUGUGGCCAGAUAAUGGCGAAAUCAAUCUCAUGUCACAUCUUGGACGUGAUCCAACAACGAUUCGAUCAUCGGUUUACACCAAAUCUAACAAUCCAUUACAGAACAAUACUCCUUCCAAUACAGCUGAAGUACUUGAUGCAAAGACACACUUUAAAACUUACACACUAAUUUGGUCUCCCGAUGAGAUCGAAAUGUUUGUUCGAUUGAACGAUGGAGAUAAGGAUGAUCGUCGCAUUCUGAUAUGGGAAAAACUAGACAGAGACUGGCAGUUUUGGCCGUUCGAUCAAGAAUUUCAUCUGGAAAUCUUUCUCGCUGUUGGUGGAGAUGAUGCCGGUAAUGAGAUAGACGAUCAUCAAUUCCCUGAGCGUCUCGAAAUCGAAUAUGUUCGUUUCAAACCGAUGGGUGAGGGUGAAGAGUGA